UGGCCCCCCCCAAGGGGGCGGGCCGGAGGCCUCCACGCAUGCCCGGUGCGCGCGCAGUGCCGGCGCGGGUGGCGGUCAUGGCGGCUCGGUGCGUGAGGUUGGUGCGGCGCAGCCUCCCGGCCCUGGCGUUCUCUCUUAGGCCCACUCCUCGGCUGCUGUGCACAGCUGCAAAGCAGAAGAACAGUGGCCAGAACUUGGAAGAGGACGCGGGUCAGACUGACCAGAAGACGGACACUCCCUGUGCAGAGAAGACGCUCAUGGAGGAGAAGGCCAAGUUAGAGGAGCAGCUGAAGGACACUACGGAAAAAUAUAAGCGAGCUUUGGCAGAUACUGAGAACUUGCGGCAGAGGACCCAAAAACUGGUGGAGGAGGCAAAAUUAUAUGGAAGCAUGUGGUCCAAAAAGAAAAACCAAAACCAAACCACAAGCAUCCCCAGCAUCUACUGCCACUCUGACCCCGGCUGGCCACGCCCACCUGACUGCCCUCGGGGGUGGUGGUACAGGCACGUGGAGCCUAGCCCAUCGGCUCCCCAAGGCUGCAGGGGCCUCCCGGGCAAGGAAGCUGGGUGCCGCUUACGGGAGGCUCGGAGGGGCUAGGCUGCGAACCCCGUUGCAUGUCAGGAAUUCAGGACCGGGCCUCACCCCCUCCCAGGUCCAGUGAGGCCUGCAAUGCAGCGCCAGCUGCCCUCCCAGCGAGCCUGCCGCUCCCCUGAACCUCAGCAUCAGCAAUCUGCCUCCGCGUCCUCAGCAGCUCAGAGCACCACAUUCGGGUAAAACUUAAAUCCGGAAAGAACAGAAGGCUUCUGGCUAAUCAAGGGUACCUGACCAAACCGAGAUGAUCUGCUCCUGUUUUUGUUUAUCUCCAUCAACGUCAGCACUCUGGGAGCAGAGCGCAGGAAGCAAGGCAGCCCCAGGGCAGCGGAUGCGUGGGCCACGUGGGGCAGCUCCGUCCCCUCCAGUGCUCGCCAGGUGUCUCCUGGGCCGGGCAGGCAGGAGGGCCAGCUGUGGGCACUGUGCUGACACCGGCUGUCUUUAGGUUACAGAGGGGACUUUGCUCUCGGAUGCUCCAUGUGAAGCCACAAAUCAGAGGGACAGGAGCCAGGCGCUCCCAUGAGUACAGCCUCAGCCACUGCCCAGGACAACUAAGCCUCACUAGGAGCCAGGGCUCAGCGAUUUCCGAAAGACAAGCGACCCUCAGGGCACCACGCCACUGAAUGAUGAGUCAGGAAAACACACAGACCCUAAUCCUCAAGACCUGUGGAAUGGAGAUGAGGGUCCUCGUGGACCAGCCCACGGACAGCACAGCUCUGGUUCUAACGGAGUCCGUUCCGCGAAGCUCCACCUGAGGAAGGGUGUCUAACGUGACUGACUGAGCACCGGCCUCCGCUCUCCACUGCGAGCUGGCACCUGUCGCUCAGUCCCAGUGCCUCCUCCAGUCUUCCACGUGCCGUGGUCACGCAGCACUGCCCGCCUCCUGCGAGUGCGAGACGCGUCCUGUCACCGCAUGGCGGCAACACUCCGGACAGCAGCAGACCCCUGGGGGCGGCUCUCCCGCACGUGUGCCAAGGCCAAAGUGUUUCUCUGAUCUGGAUGGAUGGUUGGGGAGGCAGAAGCAACAGAAUUUGGGGAAUGAGAUUUGGAGAGAAAGUUCAACUCAAGUACAACUAAAACAGGGAACACACUGUCCUGAAGUGCCCCCCCCCCCCCCCCCCCAGCACACAGUGACAGCGGGGACGCAGCCCAAAGCCCACGGAAGCCGGGUUCCAGGUUUGUUCCUUCCUUCAUGUUCUCUUAGAAGAAAAGAGACUCCCACCUUCGGAAAAAGACAGAGACAGGUGUGCUGCUUCUCUAAAGUCCUUUGAAAAGGGUAAGGUGUCGCUAAGACACGCGAGGCCCAGGAGGUCUCCUUUCCAAGAUCCCUGGACUCUGGCCAGACGCUGCCUCCAGGAGAGGAAGUGAGAAGUGCUCUGGGGCCUGGCCUCCAGCACCUGACCAGAAAGAGGAUGCAAACAGUCCAGAGAAAUCGUCGUCAAUGUGGUCGGCGGCUCCCACCAGUGGGGCUGGCUCAGGGUUCUCUCCUCCGGGUUCCAACCAGAGCCACCGCCACCGUUCUGACCUGGACACCCCCACACAGGGAUUCAACGGGCCAAACCUUUAGAGGCUCCCACCAGGGAACCACAGCCUCUCACACGGGGCUGGCCACCAUCUAGGGUGAAAUGUAAAAACAUAGGGAGGCCGACGCAGACUUUCCUGAAAGCUAAACUUUGCCAUUUAAAGGAUGGCCCCUCACCUUACUAUCUGGGUGUGUUUAAGAUCAUCUUUCUCUUUGUGAAAUGGUGAUAGCUAAUUGGCCUUUAAACAUUUUUUCACUAUCCUUACGUGGCGAACCUAAUGCCAGCAAUUUCCUUUCAACAUGAAUGGUCUACAAAAUCUGAAGGUCUGGGCAGUGCGUACCUGCCAGCGUCAGCCAUGCUCCUCCUGCCAUCCAGGGGCCUUGCAGACCAUCCCCGCCCCUCCCCUGCUGGAAAUGCCUUCUCUGGGUGCAAGGGCUCUGGGGCAGCCUUUGGGGUUCCGGUCCUGGCUCCACCCCUUAGGAGCUGACAACUGGAACACAGUGCUCAGCCUCUGUGCCUCAGCCGCCUCCUCUGAGUUACGAAGGUAUUGCACGACCUACUGCACAGCUCGGUGAGGACGGUUAAGUGCGGUCACGCCUGUGCAGCUGGCCAGUGCCCGGCGUGGGGCUGUGUUCCCUCCAUGGUGGCGCCUGUUACUGCUAUGAAGCUGUUAGCUUCCUCCACAGGACACAGUCACCUCCUCCAGGAAGCCGUCAGUGGCCCCAGAGCUGAGUUCCGAUUCUGACUCAGUGACCCUGGCUGUGAGAGCCUCAUCCUACCAGCUUCUGCUCCUCCAUCGGUAAGCCUCCUGUCGAAAGGCUUUGUCCAGACAGAAUAGAAACCACAUGACAGGAAGUCGCUGUGGGAGUGCAUGCCAAGGUCACCUCACCUCACCUCCUAGCACAGUGAGAGAGAACCUAUGACACGCAAACUCAUUUUUUUGGUUGAAUUUUCUUUGUUAAAUGGCAUUUAAAUA